AAAGUUUACAACAGUCUAUCUGGCGCACAUCCCUGAUUACUAUUGGCCGUCACUGUCAUUGAAACGUAGUUUUGAUUUUGUGGUCUUUUUCCUUAUUCAAAGUGUCGUCUUCUGCAAGCCAUAUCGUUCACAAAACAGUGUUGAUGUGCAUUCUAUUGUUUUAAUUAGCAAUAAUAGGUAGUGAAUUUGUGAACAAUGAUGGAGAUUCACACUGACUAUGGAGAUGCGGAUACGGUAAGUAUUGAUACAUUGGCUCUUGAAGAAACGGUUAAGCGGGAAAGGGACCAGGAGCUUAAGGAAUUGCAUUCGUUAAGCAAGAAAGCGCAAUUCUUGCAUACCAAUUUGCUGUACUAUCGGAACCCAAAAACCAAAGUGGGUUCAGCCUGCUACGAGUUAUGGAAAACAUUAUUAAAAAAAGUGGGUGGCACUCCAAAUGGCUGGCGGGAUCUAGGUCACUGUCUGAAUAUAUCAGCAGACGACUUAAAUUACAUAAUGAACUAUGUGCAAGAAGAUCCCGUUGACAUUGUGUUAAAGGUCUACAGACAAAAUAAUGAUGCAACGAUUGGCAAAAUAUUGGAAGCUUUCAUAAAAAUGAAGCGUUAUGAUAUAUUGAAAUCCAUUGAAGAGCCACUUUGUCAACUUGCUCGAUAUUUUGACAAUAACAGAAAUGAUGAUAGUGGCUAUGAUGAAAGUUCUGGUCAAAGGAUUGUUAACUUAAAGACACCACCUAAUGAUUUACCACCAGCUUUAAAUAAAAAUAUUGUUCUAGACAGAAAACCAAAGAAACCACAAUCAAAAUUGACUCCACCUGAGCCUGUAAAAGAACCUCUAGUAAAUGACAAUCCUAUUCUUUUUUUAACUUAUACAUAUGAUGGAUUGCCCACUGCUCUUAACAUAAAGGAAUAUGUAAAAAAUUGGGAAGAUGUGCCAGGUGUACAAUUGAUAACUUUGGAUGAUAAAAAAGAAGACUUGUACCAAAACCCUGAGAAGUUUAUAAGGGAAUACUUUGAAAAAGCUGAUAUCAUCAUACCCAUUUUAACACCGGGUUACCUAAAAGAAAUUAACUCACAUAAUUCAGCUAUUCCCAACACAUCUGAUAAUUUUGAUCAUAAAUAUGUGAACUUUAUUUAUAAUCUUAUUGUGAGCAACUAUAUUCAUGCAACAGGCUGCCUAAACAAAAAAGUUAGAAGUGUGCUACCACAAAAUGCUAAUUCUGGUCUAUUCGCACAAAUGGCGAUGUAUCCAGAUUUGAUGCCAUGGACAUAUGAGACCAUGUUUGACGAGCAAUUCAAAACAUUCUUGAAGAAAGAGUACUCUUGAUACAACUUUAUUUGUAUAUUUUGAAUGUAACUUGAUAUAACCUUUACUUUUGAUUAUGUGCCUUAUUGCAUUAUAACUUGAUAUAAAUAGAAAUGUACCUGAUAUAAAAUGCAUCUAAUAAAUAAUCAUAUUUUUUUA